AUGCGAUGCACCCGGCCGUUACGAAAACCACUCGUCAACUAUUUGAAGGAGCUGCACCGUCGAAACCUCAUCUCGGCCUCAUUCCCCGGCGGCAUUCUUGACGAGAAGUACACGACAGUUUUGGGGAACCUUCCACCUGUGCUAUAUGCGGGUUUCGAUCCUACGGCCGACAGCUUGCACAUUGGCAACUUGUUGGUGCUGAACAAUCUGCUGCGCGCGGCACAAUUUGGAUGCACCGUGAAAGUGUUGGUCGGAGGGGCCACUGCGGCCGUUGGGGAUCCGAGUGGAAGGACAAGUGAACGCACUGAAAUGGCCAAAGAAAGGAUCCGCAGCCAUGCCAACUCGAUUAUCGGCCUGUUAGACGGGAUAUGCUCAAAUUUUGCGGAAUCGCAGCCCGGCUCGAGUCGCAUCGAAAUUUUGGACAACGCUCAAUGGUUUGGCCAGAUGAACGCCAUCGACUAUUUGCGUGUCUGCCGGGAAUUUCGUGUGGGUGCCAUGUUGCGGACGGGUGCCGUGAAAGCACGAAUGGAGGGUGACGUCGACAACGAUGGCAUCAGUUUCACCGAGUUCAGCUACCAGACGCUGCAGGCCAUUGAUUGGCUGCAAUUGGUAGAGCGAUACAAGUGCCAUUUCCAGAUAGGCGGCUCGGAUCAAUUGGGCCACCUGGACCUGGGCGCCCAUUUUGUGAAGAAACGUACGGGGCGAUUCACAGGUGGCAUUACGAUGCCGCUCGUGACGGACGCCGCCGGGAAUAAACUAGGAAAAUCCACAGGAGCCUCGGUCUGGCUAUCCGAUAAAAGGACGUCCGCCUUCCAUUUUUACCAAUUCUGGCGUCAACUCCCCGACAAUGACGUUGAGCGGCUUUUUCCAAUGUUUACGUUGAAAAAUUAUGAUGAGCUAGUCGCAAUACUCGACGAGCACCGAGGGAAACUGGGACAAUGGCAUGCACAGAGUAGACUAGCCCAAGAAAUGACGACCCUCGUUCACGGCAAUGCAGGGCUCGAAAAGGCCGAAGCCUGCUCUCGGGCUUUAUAUCAAGGAGACAUCAACACUUUGGAAACCCUGAGCCGCGAUGAUAUACUUCGGCUGUUCGGCACUACCACACGAUUAAACCGGGAUUCUGUCGGCUCUUUUGCUGAACUGGCCUUCAAGACGCGGACAGACAACAAACCAGCCCACAAUUUGAUGAAGACUGGGGCUUUUAAAGUCAACGGUGUUCGCAAGACGGAGCCUGAAGAAAAGAUAAAGUUCGAAACUAUUUUAUUGAAGGGAACGGAUGAUCUCACGCUGAUCUGUUGGGGAAAACGAAAGUUCCAGAUAGUACAAUGGGAA